AAGCAACGCAGGUAAGACCCCGUGCAACAAUACCCGAGGGGUCUCUAUCUCGCGCGCGCAGGAAUUUGAUAAGUGUGGUAGAUUACUACUACUAUGGCCCCCUCGAACACCCCGGUUCCGACUGUUGUAUUCCCGUUCUCCAUCAUGUCAUAUGCCAAUGUGUAAGACCCCAAGUAGGCGAUCCGUAGAGAAAGACGCUCUCUCUCUCUCUCUCUCUUUGCCACCUAGUAGUCAUACGCCCCUCUUCCCGUACAUCAAUAAUGGCGGAAAAGGAGCAAUUCCAACACGCCGAUAUCAUCGCCGCAGAAGCAGGGUUGAAACCAGCUUCAGAGAAACACCACCGCGCCGAAGACCCACACAGCCGACGAGCCGAGCGAUUGCACGAGUUCCGCGAGACAGAGGGCUACAUCAUCGACAUCGAAGAAGCCGAAGACGCGGGGGCGGCCAAUACUAAGUCGUCGUCGUCGGGACGGUCGGGUCUUCUCAAGCUGGCCCAGGACGGGCACACCGUUCUGAUCCCGCAGCCGAGCGACGACGACGUCAACGACCCGCUGAACUGGAGCUGGCGCAGGAAGCAUCUGGUGCUCUUCACGGUCGCGUUCGUCUCAUUCCUGCCCGACUAUGGCAGCGCCACGGGCGCCGUGACCUUGAUUCCGCAGGCGGCGGAAUGGGGUAUGACGCCGGAUUAUGUGAACCACUCGCAGGCCGGGAAUGUGUUUAUGCUCGGCGCUGGCGGGGUGAUCGUCGUGAUGCUGAGCGCAUUCUUCGGCCGCCUCCCCGUUGUCUUCUGGUUCCUCCUCGUGUCCACGGCCACGGCAGCAUGGUGCGCGGGCGCAACAACGUUUGAGUCGUUCAUGGCGGCCCGCAUCCUCAACGGCUUCUUCUCGACUGUCAGCCAGUCCGGAGGGCUCAUGUUCCUCAAGGACAUCUUCUUCUUCCACGAACAGGCGCGCAAGAUCAACAUCUGGGCGUCUUUCAUCGUCGUCAGCCCGUACAUGGGGCCGUUGCUCGCCGCUUUCAUCACCGAGACGCAGCGCUGGCCGGUGGCGUUCUGGGUGUUCUUCGCCAUGAAUGUCCUCGGUCUGGCGUUGGUGGUCUGCUUCCUGGAUGAAACGUACUACGACCGCACCAUCCCGGCAGAGCGACAGCCGCACCGUGGCAGCCGCAUUGCGCGGAUGACGGGCAUGGCGCAGUGGAGGUCACGGCACCUCCGCAACACUUUCGGACAGGCCUGCUGGCGGACCGUCAGCUUGCUGUUGAAACCGACCAUUGCGAUAUCCUGUCUCUUCUAUGCCCUUACUUUCGCCUGGGCCGUGGGGAUCAACACGACGCUCGCCAUGUUCGUCACGCCGCUUUACGGGUUCGGCCCCAAGCAGGUCGGCUUCUUCUACUUCACGCCGGUGGUGGCAACGAUCCUGGGCGAGGCGACGGGCCACUGGCUGCACGACGCGCUGGCGAAGCAGUACAUCCGCCGCCACAAGGGCCACUUCGACCCGGAAGCCCGACUGCGCGCCCUGUUCCUCUCGAUGCCCCUCGUCAUCGCCGGGCUGGUGCUCGUGGGCCAGUGCUUCGAGAAUGCGUGGCACUACAUGGUGACGAGCGUGUGCUGGGGCAUGUAUGUGUUCGGCAUGAUGGUCACCACCGUGGCCGUCAGCAGCUACUGCCUCGACAGCUACCCGGAGGCAUCCGGGGAGGUGUCGGCCUGGCUGAACUUUGCGCGCACCAUCGGAGGCUUCGUCGUCAGCUACUUCCAGGUGACGUGGGCCGAGGCGCAGGGCACCAAGCUGAGCUUCGGCAUCCAGGCGGCCGUGUGCGUGGCUGCCUUUGUGUUGGUCGUCGUUCUCUUGCGCUGGGGUAAGGCGAUGCGUGUCUGGGCCGGGCCGCUGAACUUUGCAACAACGUGAACCAACCUACCACGUGCAGGGAGUCAAAGGACUGGGCGCGAAGUCAUCAGCCACUCGGUGCCACGGAAAACCCUUAGUACGGUACCGAUUCUGCGCUCUGUCACAGAGGCCCCUUGCAAAACACAUGAGCUGGCUUGCGUUUGCGUUUCAUUGGACGGCAAGCAUUCUACGUAGUUAGGGGGGCCAUGGUGGGGCGUGAAGUUGCUGUGAAGCUUCGAGGCUUUCAUUUUCUUUGCCAGAGGAUCUCAAGGAUAGGAAGACUGCUGCCUUCACUCAUGCGUGAGUUUGAAAGAACUUGGCGUCAAUCAGCUAGCUUACAUCUAAGCGGUAAUGGAUUGCGAGUGCC